AUGGCAGCCCGAAGAUCCCCUUUCAUGCCAACAUACCUUGAAGCGAUUCUCCUCUCCAUAUAUCCUACAACCCUGGUUGUAGGAUCUCUGUUCGCCGUCCUUGAUCCCGUCGCGCGGGCAGCCCCAUACAACACAACAACUCAGUCGCACUAUGCAAAUACUGCGCCCUCUUACUUUGCCAAGAAGAGUAAUGUCUUCAACAUAUUCUUCGUGAAGCAGGGUUGGGCGUGGGUCACAUUCAGCUAUCUCUUCUUCCUCUUUACACAUCCCUCGGCCGGUCCUGUCGGCUCCCUCGCAGCGACUCCGAAACGAAUCCGUGGUUUAUUGAGAUAUGGCAUUGUGACUCUGUGGUGGAUAUUUGUCACGCAGUGGUUUUUUGGUCCGCCAAUCAUCGAUCGGGGUUUUCUACUUACCGGAGGUCAAUGUGACCUGUUGGAGUUGGCGGACGAAGGCAAGUUGGAAAUGGAUAACACGAGACAAUUUGUGACCGGUGUGGCGUGUAAAGCUAUUGGUGGGAAGUGGAAAGGGGGCCAUGAUAUUAGUGGACACGUCUUCCUGUUGGUUCUGGGAAGCAUGUUCAUUUUUGAAGAGGUUCUUCAUGUAGUUACGAAUUCUACGAGAUCCAAGGAAGAGAGAACGAUAUUGAUGAGUGAUGGGGCUGUGAAGAGCGCCGAGGUAGAAGCCGAGCGGGUCACUCCUGAGGUUUCUGGACAGUGGACUCUAGGUGCGAAGAUUAUGCUAGGUGUAGCAGCGUUGAGUUUAUACAUGCUGUUGAUGACAGCAGCUUACUUCCAUACGUGGUUUGAAAAGCUCACAGGACUACUUGUAGCGAUGAGCGGCAUUUUUGUUGUAUAUUUCCUGCCUCGAGCAGUACCCGCGUUGCGACAGUUGAUUGGGAUGCCCGGUGUAUAA